UAUCUCACUUCCCUCCUCUAAUAUUUUAAAGCUUCUCUCAUUAAGUUUAUAAUUAAAUUAUUUCUGGGUUUUCUUGUUUUUUCAUUAAAAAACUGAAGCAAACAACGUUUUUGGGUUUCUUCUGUUUGUUUCUGGGUUUUUUGUAGGGUUUAUUAAGAGUGUGUGUGUGGUGUUGUGUUUUGAAAAAACAAAAAACAAAAAGAAAACAAAGGUAAGGGGACGUGGUCGUCUUUCUUAUAUAUAUAUAUACACAGAUCCCUAUGGAAUAAAAGGGACACCCCUCCCUCUUCUCUUCCAACAUUGCUUUGCUUGAAAUUUUAGUUCUUUUUGUUUAGUUUUAAAAGAGAGACAAAGUGAGAGAAGGAAAGAGAAGGGAUUCAAUUGAAAAAAAUGUGAGUGUUUCUUUUCUGUUUACUAGACAACAAAACACCCAAGUUUUCUCAGAUGGGGAAACAAGCAAAAACAGAUUUGGGGUAUGAUUAGUUUUUUUUUUUUUAAUUUCACCUUCAAUGAUUGAGUUUUGCUUUGCAGCUUGGGGGGGUUGUAAAUAUAUAUAAGUAAUAUAUAAGUGUGUGAAAGAAAAAAGUUAGAAAUAAGAUGAAGACUAUGAGUGACAAUGGCAGUGGUAGUAAUAAUAACUGGUUGGGGUUUUCCCUUUCACCUCAUAUGAAAAUGGAGGUAACUAAUGAUCCUCAUCACCGUCAUGAUCAUCAUCAUCAUCAUUUUCAUCAUCAUAGUCAAGCUUCAGCGGCUGGUACUGCUGUUAAUGUUGUUCCUACAAGCUUCUAUGGUUCUGGUAUUUGUUUUGGUGUUGGUGAAAGUGAAGGCUUUCAUGCUCCUCCUUUAUCUGUUAUGCCUCUUAAAUCAGACGGUUCUCUUUGUAUCAUGGAAGCUCUCAGUAGAUCACAAUCUGAAGGGAUUGUACCAACUUCAUCUCCAAAACUAGAGGACUUUCUAGGCGGUGCAACAAUGGAAACUCAUCAAUAUGGAAGCCAUGAAAGGGAAACAAUGGCUUUAAGCUUAGAUAGUAUGUACUAUCAUCAAAAUGCAGAUCAUGAAACCAACUUUGCUGUUCAAACACAUCCAUACUAUUCAGGUCUGGCUUUACAAGGCAUGUAUCAAUCACCAUCGUUGGAAGAAGAAGCUAAAGAUGGUCAACUUGCGGACUGUGAUACAAUGCCAUGUUUUAAAAACUGGGUAGCUAGGCAACAGUACUCCACUCAUAGUUCACUUGAACAACAAAUGACAACUAGCAUAGUUGAUGAUGGAGCAGGUUCAGUACCUGCAAUAGGUUGUGGAGAUUUACAGUCAUUAAGCUUAUCAAUGAGUCCUGGUUCUCAUUCAAGUUGUGUUACAGCUCAAAGACAGAUCUCACCUACUGCCACUACUGAAUGUGUGGCCAUUGAAACAAAGAAGAGAGGGCCUGGUAAAGUGAGUCAAAAGCAAACUGUUCAUAGGAAGUCCAUUGACACAUUUGGACAAAGAACAUCUCAGUAUAGAGGUGUUACAAGACAUAGAUGGACUGGUAGAUAUGAAGCUCAUCUAUGGGAUAACAGUUGCAAGAAAGAAGGGCAAACAAGGAAAGGAAGGCAAGUUUAUCUUGGGGGUUAUGACAUGGAAGAGAAAGCUGCUAGAGCUUAUGAUCUUGCUGCUCUUAAAUAUUGGGGUCCCUCCACUCAUAUAAAUUUCCCACUUGAAAAUUAUAGAGAAGAAUUAGAGGAAAUGAAGAACAUGAACCGCCAAGAAUAUGUUGCUCAUCUAAGAAGGAAAAGUAGUGGAUUUUCUAGAGGGGCUUCAAUUUACAGAGGAGUAACAAGACAUCAUCAGCAUGGAAGAUGGCAAGCUCGCAUUGGAAGAGUUGCAGGAAACAAGGAUCUUUAUCUUGGAACAUUUGGCACUCAAGAGGAAGCAGCUGAAGCAUAUGAUAUUGCUGCUAUAAAGUUUCGAGGUGUUAAUGCGGUGACCAACUUCGACAUUACAAGAUAUGAUGUUGAAAGGAUUAUGGCCAGUAGUACUCUACUUGCCGGUGAGUUAGCUAGGCGAAACAAAGAGAUGGAUUCUAACAAUGAUACUAUCGAAACCAACGGAGAGACCAUUCAACAUGGCCAUGUUUCACAGCAACAACUGACUGUUUGUGCUGCUGAGUCUCUUGAACCGAAGACUACAAGUACCGGAAAUUAUCGAAACCCAAGUUUCUCCAUGGCUUUACAAGAUCUAAUCGGAGUUGAUUUGGUGAGUUCUACACAAGCAAUGGUGGAUGAAUCGUGUAAGCUAGGGACUCACUAUUCCAACCCAUCAUCGUUGGUAACCAGCGUAAGCAACUCAAGAGAUGGUAGCCCUGAUAAAACAGGCUCGACAAUGGUUUUCGCGAAACCACCCUUGGCAUCUAAGUUCAUUACUCCUACUACUGGUGUUAAUUGGUUCCCAUCAUCAACAGCAACUCAACUAAGGCCGGCUACUGCCAUUUCAAUGGCUCACUUACCCCUUUUUGCUGCUUGGAAUGACACUUAGAAACCCUUUUUUUUUCUCCUAUUACUGAAAGAAACACAUGAAAGUUUUGCAUGAAGAAAACCAGUGGGAGUUAGUGGAAAAAAGGAAAAGUCUUGAUUAUGUCUACUAAAAGUGCAGUUAGUGGGCGGGAAUUUGGGAUCAAUGAAAAGACAAUGGUGGGGGACCUAAUUGUAGGAAACUUUUUUUCCUUUUUUUUUUUUCAAGCUGUAAUCUUUUGGCUUCAUAUUAGAAUAUGAAGAUUUUACAAAAUGGAGGGAAAGUAUGGGAUUAAGUUGAUAUGGGGGCCUUAAUGAUUAUAUUCCAUGAAAUGAUGUAAUUCAAUGUUUCAGUGGUUGUUAUAUAAUUGAAUCUACUUUUCUACUUUUUUUUA